GGCGACCGCCCGCGUCCCGGCCCAAGAUGGCGCCCGCGUGAGGGAAGGGGUGAUGUGUGAGCUGCUGUUUUUAAUGUGCUUAAGGGCCGCGGGUUCUCUCGGGCGCGAGGAGCCGCAGCGCUGAGGGGCAGCGCUUAAAAAACAACCAGAUCGUUCCUCCGCCGUCAUUGUCAUCGCAGCGGCCCGCCCGUGAGGCUACGGCCCCGCCCCGGGAGGUGCGCGGGGUGGCUGAGGGGUGGCGGGACCAUGGCGGAGGAAGGCGAGCGCUGCGACCCCGAUCGCGACACGGCUCCCGUGGCGGAGGCUGGAGAUGGGGCUGAGCCGGACAGCCAGGCCGGGGAAGACCCCGCGGAGAGCCCCGACGUAUACAGAUACAUUAAGGGAGACUUGUUCACCUCCGAGAUUUAUAAAGUAGAGAUACAGAACCUGCCCAAAUACAUUGGGUUUAAUGAUGUGAAAAAGUUCCUUGCCAAGUACGGGCUCAAUCCUCACAAGAUAAAACUCUUCGGGAAGCAGACGUUCGCCUUCGUGACGUUCAAGAGCGAGGAGGAGCGGGACAAGGCCAUGCGGGUGCUGCACGGCGCGCUCUGGAAGAGCCGCCACCUCAGCGUGCGCCUGGCCAAGCCCAAGGCCGACCCCAUCGCCAAGAAAAGGAAGCAAGAAGAGGACUCGGAGCAGGGAGAGGCGAAGCGUCCGGCUCCCUGCGGAGAGGAGCCUCUGAGCAAGCGGAUCGCGGAUGUGGUGACCCCGCUGUGGAACGUGCCCUACGAGGCGCAGCUGGCCCAGAAGAAGCAGGAGUGCGAACAAGUGCUGCAGAAGCUGACAAAGGAAAUAGGAAAUAACAACAGAGCUUUACUACCCUGGUUGUUCCUGCAGAAGCAGAAGUUUAAUAAAUUAUGUUGCCCAGUGGAGGGAGUGAAAGCAUCACCCUUGCAGACUGAAUAUCGCAACAAAUGUGAGUUCUUGAUUGGGAUUGGUGUAAAUCAAGAAGACAAAACUGUGGGUUGUCGUCUUGGCAAAUAUAAGGGUGGUACAUGUGCUGUAGUGGAGCCAUUUGAUACUAUUCACAUUCCUGCUAUUGCCAAAAAAGUAGUAAAAGCUUUCCAAGACUACAUAAGGUCAACUCCUUACUCAGUGUACAGCCCCGAAACCUACGAAGGGCACUGGAAACAGCUCACGGUCCGCACCAGCCGCAAUGGCCACAUCAUGGCAAUUGCUUAUUUCAAUCCUCAGAAAUUGAGUAAAGAAGAGCUAGCUGACUUGAAAAUCUCUCUGGCAAAAUACUUCACAGAAGGGAUGGGAAAGAGCAGUGGUGUUACUUCCCUGUACUUUGUGGAGGAAGGACAGAGGAAAUCUCCCAAUCUAGAAGACUUGCCUUUGGAGCAUGUGGCUGGUGAUAAGUACAUAUAUGAAGAACUCCUUGGCCUAAAAUUUAGAAUUUCUCCUCAUGCAUUUUUUCAAGUGAACACACAAGCUGCAGAAGUGUUGUACACUGCCAUUGGGGAGUGGGCACAACUGAGCCAAGAGAGCACCGUGCUGGACAUCUGUUGUGGGACAGGAACCAUUGGGAUUUCUUUAGCAAAGAGAGUGAAGAAGGUAAUUGGAAUUGAGCUCUGUCAGGAAGCUGUGCAGGACGCCAAAGCAAAUGCCCAGAUUAAUGAACUGAAUAAUAUUGAGUUUUAUUGUGGGAAGGCAGAAGAUAUUGUUCCUUCCCUAAUGAACGUUUUAGCUCCUCAGAACCUGAUCACAAUUGUAGAUCCACCACGAGCAGGACUGCAUUCCAAGGUAAUUCUUGCCCUUAGAAGAGCUGAACAUCUGAAGAAGCUCAUCUAUGUCUCCUGUAAUCCCAGAGCUGCAAUGAAUAACUUUGUGGACCUGUGCCGGGCCCCUUCCAACAGGGUGAAAGGAGCCUCCUUCCGGCCCGUGAGAGCCAUGGCUGUGGAUCUGUUCCCUCAGACCAGGCACUACCAAACCAAAAAAUGGUUGCAAGAGAAGAGUUCCUGCAGUCACCCAGUGAACCCCGUGUGAAACCCACAAAGCAGUACUUUCACACAGCCACACUAUUUCUUUUGUGCUUGGCUUAAUAAAGCCUCAGAUGACACAGUGAGUACUGCCUGUUUGCCAGGAUUGUACUUUAGAGUAGUUGCAUAUUUGUGAUUUUCUUAUUUAUGAGUAUAAUUGGUUAUGGUCUCAUUCUACUUAUUACUCUAGGUCAUAUUCCAAAUCUACAGUCUAGUUUUCAUUACAGAAGUUACAGACUUUCUUUAAAAACUAAAAAUGUAAUUAAAAAAGUAAAAAUAAAAACUUCUUAAAAAUCUAAAUUGCUGCA